CAGAAGUUGCUGGGGAAAAUUGCUGACCGGAAUGGAAGAGCAGGAAUGUUUAGCUUCUAAAAUCACCCUUCAGUGUUGGAAGCAUAAAGAGCGUUCGUGCAAGCACGCAGAGAGUGCCUCAGACGUGAAGAGCGUCGUAGAUCGUCCGCUAUCUCUCUGCAAGCUGGAAUGCGGGGAUCAAAUGCCAUGCAAGAUUCCCGGUCACGUAUGCAGGAAGUCAUGUGCUUCGCGCCACGCCCACACCCUGUGCACCAUCGUCGUACAGGACACGUUCCCCUCGUGCGGGCACCCUGUUAAGCGGCAAUGCUACGAACUUCUCAAUAAUCUGCGCUGUGAUAUCAGCGUCUCCUACGUCUUCCCUGACUGUAAUCACGUGAGUUCCAAGAAGUGUCACGUAAACCCAUCGCAGUUGAAAUGCGUGGAAAUGGUUGAUUAUCAUUUCCCCGGAUGUAAUCAUCCAUCGUCUAAGAAGAAGAAGUGCUCUGAAAAGAUCACGUGGAAGUGCGACAAGAAAGAGAAGUUUACCAAGAAGGAUUGCGGACACGAGCUGUUUAGGAUUUGCCAGCAAAAGGAAGAGGACGUCGUGUGUAACGUACCUUGUGGGCGAAACCGACCGGGGUGUGGCCAUCCGUGCACUAACCUUUGUGGCGAGGACUGUAGUAAAGGAGACUGCAAACUCUGCGAGAGGAAGCAACAAGAGACGAUGAAGCAAUUUCACAAAAUGGCAAAAAAGAGAAUUGAAGCGAUAGAAAAGAAAAUAAGCAUCGAAGAGGAGAAAUAUUUCUUCUGCGAUGAAAUUUUCCGCGAUGGUGCAGGAUCAGCUGAGUUCCAAAAAGUAGAAGACCAAGUCUUGAAGUACAUCCAACCGUGCCACAACUGGUACCCGACUGUCCACAAAAUCGAAAAGGUAACGAACUUGAAGCUCGAGAAGAGAUUUGAGGAGGCCAAGUCAAGAGCAUUUGGUGACAACAUUGACACAAAGUUCCAUGGGACAUCGGACGAGGGCGUGGCGGGUAUCACUCGAGAUGGGUUUAAGCUGCCUGACCAAAACCUUCCCCCAGGCAAGCGAGGGAUGUAUGGGCAGGGAAUCUAUUUUGCCACAGACUCAUCGAAGAGCGCACAGGGCAUCUACACCAAGGGGUCCAACAAACUCCUGGUGUGUCAGGUGUUACUGGGACGGAGCAUGAUUGUGAGGAAGGCUGAUCGAAAUAUGGACAAGGCGAAGCUCCGCAAAGGAAGAUACGAUAGUGUGUACGCACCUCGAGGCUCUGACGUCAUGAAUGAUGAGUUCGUCAUCUUUGACCCGGCACAGGCUCUUCCCCAGUACAUCGUGCACUACUCUACCACAGGCCUCCCUCCACCUCAACAGCUUGCUGCUGCAGGCCAGCCAUUUAUAAAGAAAAACAUGAAGCCAUCUCGGACCGUGGACCCGAACGAUCCUUUUGAGAACUUCUACAACCUCGCCGCACAGCAUUAUCUUAGCAAGUGCCAGACAAAGAAGGAGAUAGAAUCAAUCGACGUCGUCAUCAACAACCAACUGUUACAAAAGUUUGAAGCUAAGCAGAAGGAGUUUAAAAGCAAAGGUAUCCCAGACGGCGAAAUUCUCGCCUACCACGGCACAAGAAGCGUCAAUAUUGACAGCAUUCUGCGUAACAACCUCGAUAUCAAGUUCGCCCAAAGACAGGCAUACGGUCGAGGAAACUACUUCUCGGAAUUCCCUGAGAUCAGCAUGGGUUAUGGUGACGGGUUGCUGCUAUGUCGAGUUCUCCCAGGCCGUGAGUGGGUGGACAGUAGUGGCAGAGACAUCCUUCAAGGGUACAAUUCCAAGAAAGUUCUCCAACUGCAAAGAGGACAACCAGCCGCAAAUGCUUUCGGUGACAUGGUCAUCAUCGAGAAUUCGGAUCAGAUCCUUCCUUACUUCGUCAUGCAUUUCAAGUAAGGGGUAACCAUGGUGACUCAGACUGUCACUCUUAAGUAUAUGAAAGCUUCAAAUCGAUACACCAAAAACUGGAAUUCGACUCUGCCAAAUUUUCGUCUUUAAUAAGACUUCUCACACAGGGCAUGAUUAAUACACGUAUGAUUAAAACACAUGGUUUUUAAUAAGUAUGGUCAAAUGGCCGGCCUUGUAAUAUUCACCAAGGAUGUUUGCUUUAUGGAUGAUAUCAUCCAAGAUAAAAUAUUACACCAAAUGUAUAGCUAAGGUAAAAUCGGCUUAGCGAUUGAGGUUUUGAGUAACGUGCAAACUUGUGGCAACAGCUAAACAAUCUUCCAGCCAAGGUGUUAACCAAACAGAAAUCCCGAUUAAAGUGGUUUUCAUUAACCCGUGAAACAAAGUGUGAUAGUCAAAGUUUAAUAGUCAGGAAAACACAAAAGGGAACAAUGGAAUUGAUCGCAAAUAAAGCGUAGUACGCUUUAGUGUAGUUCACAGUUAAUAUAAGACAAAGUGUUAUAGAGUGUUUUUUAAAAACCCAUGGAAUACUAAUUAGUUUAUUUAGUACCAAUACCUUGUAAUGACUUUGUUCUCUUUUGAUCUGACUUGACUUGUCAAUCAAAUGUAUGAUUGUUAGUGAAAGCAGCUGGAGAAAGCUUACUGUAUAAAUAUGUUAUCACCAGA